CCGCUACGACUCGAUGUUAAAAGAAAGUUGUUGGCACGGUCGGACAGGGUCAAAUCGGUGGACCUGCAUCCGUCUGAACCAUGGAUGCUGUGUAGUUUGUACAACGGCAAUGUCCACAUUUGGAAUUACGAUACGCAGCAACUGUUAAAAUCGUUCGAAGUAUGCGAUUUGCCGGUUAGGGUGGCGAAGUUCGUUCCUCGCAAAAACUGCACAUGCCGACUAUGUCCGGUCGUUGGGCAUCCACCCCACUCUGCCGUAUAUGAUAUGACGAUAAAGCUGUGGGACUGGGACAGCAAAUGGCAAUGCAAGCAAACGUUCGAAGGCCACUCGCAUUACGUCAUGCAGUUAGUGAUCAAUCCUAAAGAUACGAAUACGUUUGCAACCGCCUGUCUUGAUCGAAGUAUAAAGGUCUGGCAGCUUGGAUCGAGUCAGGCGAAGUUUACUCUUGAAGGCCAUGAAAAAGGGGUAAACUGCGUGGAUUUUUAUCAUGGUGGCGACAAACCUUAUUUGAUCUCGGGCGCCGAUGAUCAUCUCGUUAAAAUUUGGGACUAUCAGAACAAGACCUGUGUCGCAACGUUGGAGGGUCAUGCACAAAACGUGUCUUCGGUUUGCUUCCAUCCGAAUUUGCCCGUGAUACUGAGUGGCUCUGAAGACAGUACGGUGAGGGUGUGGCACGCAAAUACCUAUCGCUUGGAGACAUCGCUAAACUAUGGUCUCGAUCGAGUUUGGACCAUUUCCACACUGAAAGGUAGCAACGCAGUGGCUAUCGGAUACGACGAAGGAAGUAUUCUUAUAAAACUUGGUCGUGAAGAGCCGGCUAUAAGCAUGGACUCAAGCGGAAAAAUCAUUUGGGCCAAGCAUCUGGAAGUGCAACAGGCCAAUCUCAAAAGCCUUGGUGCUGGCAUUGAAGUUAAAGACGGCGAACGACUGCCGCUAACAGUCAAAGACCUCGGCGCCUGUGACAUUUAUCCGCAGUUCAUUCAACACAACUCAAACGGCAGAUUCGUCGUUAUUUACGGAGAUGGGGAGUAUGUUAUCUACACAGCAAUGGCGUUGCGCAACAAAGCAUUUGGAUCAGGGCUAGAGUUUGUAUGGUCAGCUGAUUCGAACACGUACGCCGUGCGGGAAUCGAUGAGUUCGGUGAAGAUAUUUUGCAACUUCAAAGAUUCGUUGACCCUGAAGCUUCCAGCGGCGGCAGAAGGAAUCUUCGGCGGAACGCUGCUUGGUGUUCGUUCAGCUGCAUAUCUGUCGUUUUACGACUGGGACAAAGGCAUGCUGGUGCGUCGCAUCGAGAUCGCUCCUAAGCAGGUGUUUUGGUCAGACAAGGAGCUGGUGGCCAUUACAACGGAAGACUCAUUCUUUAUUUUGCGGUACUACGCUGAUAUUGUUGUUUCCGACGAUGGUAUCGAAGACGCUUUUGAGGUAAUCAGCGAAUAUUCCGAUGUUGUGAAAACUGCUACCUGGAUCAGAGAGUGUUUCGUCUAUACUACCGUACAAAACAGACUAAACUAUUGCAUAGGAAGCGAAAUAGUUACCGUAUCUCAUCUGGACAGGCCCAUGUAUAUACUUGGGUACAUCUCGGCGGAGAAUCGACUUUAUCUGAGCGACAAAGAUCUGAACAUAGUCAGCUAUCUGCUCCUGCAGUCGGUUUUGAAUUACCAGACAGCUGUAUUAAGAAACGACUUCGACACUGCGGAUAGUCUUCUGAAUAGCAUUCCAGACAGCCAACGAACGCGGAUUGCUCAGUUCUUGGAAAAACAAGGGUACAAGAAACAAGCUCUAUCUGUUUCUCAAGAUCCAGAGCAUCGAUUUGAACUAGCCUUAAGCGUUGGCGAUUUAAAGUUAGCUUAUAGUUUGGCUGCAGAAUCCGACUCAGAAGAAAAAUGGCGCCAACUGAGCAAAGUAGCCACAACUAAGAACGACUUCGCAUUGGCUGGGGAAUGUAUGAGUCGUGCGCGCGAUUACGGGGCCUUGUUGAUGUUGGCCACGUCUUGUGGUUCCAAGGCGCUAACCGAAAAGGUAGCCUCUGAUGCUCUCACGGCCAAACAAUACAACAUCGCCUUUUUGGCAAAUGUUUUAUUAGGACGAAGCUGCAUUUUUCGCUCGUACCUACUCGUUGCUGGUUGGAAAGAAAGUCUCUCUGAAAUCAAUCCAAAACUGGCCAAAAGCUUAGCUGAUCCAACGCAGUAUGAAAAUUUGUUCCCAAAUCUCGAAGAAGAUAAAAAAGUCGAAGCGCGCUUGAACGAAUUGCGGGACCAUUUUCUUCCUGCCUCUGCGUAUGCAAACAUGCCAGUAAGUCUGGUUAUCCCUUCGUGUUCAGGAAAUGUCUUCAGUGGUCUCCAUGAUUUCAGUGUUUCCUUUGUAAUGUGUAAUGAUCGAGCCAGCAACAUCAUUCCUAUCCCUUAUCGUCCAUCCACCGUUGCCUGA